AAGCUUGGGAAAGUCAAAGAAGUACACAACACUCACCAAGUAACAAUAAUUGGUGACUAAGACUAUUUCCUACUAUCAUAAAUGUAGUAAAUAAUUUGUCUUAUUUUUAAUAUUAUUCAAUCAAAUAUCAUGAUAAACGCAAUAGAUAAUUCGUCUUCUUUUCAAAAUUAUCAAUUUCACUUAUAACAAAAUGUUACUCAUCUUUCAAAAUUAUACCAUUAGGCAGCUCUCUCAUAGCAAAUGAUGAAACAACAUCAUGGCUUUCUCAAUCUGGAGAUUUUGCAUUUGGAUUCAAGAAAAUUCGAAGUCAAAAUCAGUUCUUGCUUUGUAUAUACUAUGCCAAGAUUAAAGAUGCCAACAUAGUUUGGUAUGCAAAUGGUGGUAACCUCGUGCCACGAGGCUCAAUCGCAGAGUUAAAUCCUCAAAAGGGACUAAUUCUCCGCGAUUCUAGGGGAAAAUGAUCAUGUGGAGCACUGGUAGGAUUGAUACAGGAAACUUUGUUCUUGUUGGUGUUGGUUCUUCAGUAUUAUGGGGAAUUUUUCGGUGUCCGACUGAUGAUACCCUUAUGCCUACUCAAAUACUAGAGAUUAACAACAAGCUUGUUGCUCGAAAAUCUGAGCCUUUGUUCGUUCCUGAUAGAUUUUAUCUUCGUAUGUUGAGUGAUGGGAAUUUGGUUCUUGUUACUCAAUCCAAACCGACGAAUUUCAAUUAUGAUGCUGAGUAUUACAAUAGUCAUACUUCUAAUUCAGGGGAGGAAGCCAAUUCUGGUUAUCAAUUGGUAUUCGAUGAGUUUGGUUUAGUUUACAUAUUGAAAAGGAACAAUCAAAGACUUGUGUUGACACCUCCUAAUGUUCCUUCAAUUUCAGAAGUUGACACCUCCUAAUGUUCCUUCAAUUUCAGAAGUUGACACCUCCUAAUGUUCCUUCAAUUUCAGAAAAUUAUUACAGGCUAAGUCUUGAUUUUUUAUGGUGUUUUAACUCAUUAUUAUCGUCCAAAGAGUACAUCUACGGGGGGAUCAAAAGUGGAGUACUUUAUAAUCUUUGUCUGAUAACAUAUGUCUAGCAAUUGUUGAAGAUAUUGGAAGUGGAGUUUGUGGAUUCAACAAUGUGUGUCAUCUAAGUGAAAAUCAAAGACCAUAUUGUGAGUGUCCAAAAGGGUAUUCGUUGAUCGAUCCGAAUAACAAGUAUGGGAGCUGCAAACCAAAAUUUGUUCCUAGUUGUGAUGAAUUUGGACAGGGAAAUCCUGAAGAUCUAUAUGAUUUUGAUGUGGUGACGGAUGUUGAUUGGCCGUUGUCAGAUUUCUAGAGGAUUUAUCCUUCUGAUGAAGAAGAAUGCAAGAAGGCUUGUUUAGAAGAUUGUUUCUGUACUGUUGCUAUUUAUAGAAGCAAUAGUUGUUGGAAGAAGAAACUUCCAUUGUCAAAUGGGAGAGUAGAUACCACUUUGAAUGUAAAAGCUUUUCUUAAAAUACGGAAACUUUGAACAUAAGAACUUCUUAAAUUCGAUAUAAUGUAUGUCUGCUUCAGGUUCAUGGUUGAAUUCAUCGAUCCAACUUGCUAUUUUACACCAUUCAAUAGUUUGUAUUUGUAACAAUUAAUGGAGCAUGUUGUAUAACAAACAUUGAUUUGCAAGUAGUAUUUCAAGUUGAAGAUGAAAUAU